AUGGCACCACAAAAGGGAUCUGAGCCGGGAAGAAGGAAUCCUACCGUGCUGGUCACCGAUUCUCGCGACCAGCAGCCCCAACGGCCAGGCCGACGCCCUGCGCAACCAGCAACGCGUUUGAUAACCGUCGACAAUGUUUUGCAGUACGCUUCGGACGUGCCGUCAAUGCAACAGCGGCGACCGCCGCAGCAACGCCCUCAAAUGCGACCUCGCUCUCGUCUUUCAGCCUCGGCGGGCCUGACGACUGGAGCCAAUGUGCCCGGCACUACCGCGACGACGACUGCUGGGCGCCUGGCCGCUCAAGCUCGUCUGCCGCCGCGGUCGACCAAAGUGACCGAGAAACUCGUGCUACUGCCGGAAACAGAUGCCGAUGAAUUAGCAAAAGAAGAGGAAGAAGACGAAAGAGCAGGAGGAGGAAGGGCGGGCAGGGAUGGCGCAGAGGACGAUGAACUCGCGGCAGCAGCCGUGGAUGAGGAACUUGUUCAGAAACUCGCGCAGGAGCGGAACCUUGACCCGGACACUUUGCGCCAGCGGCUCGAGUUGGCCGCACAGCAGAGACUGCAUGGGGAUUUUGGGGUGGAUAAUGAUCUGGCGCCGUUGCUGGCAGAGGAAGAGGCCCUGCGACAGCGGUUUGUGUCGCCCGAGAAAGCAAAGAGUUAUGCGGAACGACUGCCCAAGGCACGACGCGCAGAGAAGCUGCCGCGUGUCACAGCAUAUUGUACAGCGCAGGGCUUCAAAAUGGGUGCAACGGCUUCGUUUGUCAAGGAGUGGCAUGGGGCGAGAACAAAGCUCUAUGAUGACUGUCUAUAUGUGGCUUACCAUCUGCCUCUUCUUUCAGGCCGGGGCGGCUACAGGAUACGAAGCAGCCCUGUCUUGAAAGACGUGGGCGGGAAGAUCGUCUUGGACGAAGAGAUUGAGCGCAACGAGCGACGAGACUAUCAUGAAGAAUACGAUGUUGAAGAACACGAGCACUCGGUGGGCGGCCGGGGAGACAAUCCGCGCGGAGACGAAGCUGGCGGACAUCAUGAAGACGAGCAGCAGCAGCGACAUGCCGACAGCAGUAGUGAGAGUGACCAGCCAUCUCCGGGGGGAGAGCAAGACGAGUCGUCGGACCCGGCUCACCACAAGGUGCAGCCGGUGGUGCGACGCAUCUCACCCAACGUCUUCAACUACGCCGAGAUGUUUGUGUUUAGCUACGGGGUGGUGGUGUUUUGGAACUGCACAGAGCGGCAGGAAAAGGAUAUCCUGGCCGACCUCACCUUUUCGUCGUCAGUGACCACCGCAGGCCCAUCCAUCUCGCUGGCCACACUACCACUACCAGAAGAAGACUUUGAGACGGAGGAAUUCCACUUUGAAUACUCGACGCAGAUCUCGCGACCGCGCGUGUACAACGACAUGAUCACGCUGCGGUCCGGAGACCACAUGAUCAAACUGGCCAUCUCGCACGGCAUCGCGCAGAGCACCAAGCUCUGCUUCUUCGAAGAAGCCAUGUCCAAAGAGAUGACCGAGGCCAAGGACAUUCCGCGACGGCUCGCCAUGACGGGCAAACUCGGCAUGAAGCGCGACGAAGUCUUUCGUAUCCUGGGCCGGCUGUUUAAGAGUCGUGUCGAGGUGAAUCUCUCAUCGAAUAUGCUCGACGUCCCCACGUUCUUCUGGGAAUCCGAACCAACCCUAUACCCACUCUACAUCGCCGUGCGCGAGUAUCUCGAGAUCAAGCCGCGCAUCCAAGUGCUCAACGAGCGCUGCCGCGUGUUUCUCGACCUGACCGAGAUCCUUUCUGAUUCCAUUGCCGACAAUAACGAAUCCCAUCAAACGUGGAUCAUCAUCAUCCUAAUCGUCAUCUCCAUCAUCGUCACCACCGGAGAAGUCAUUCUGCGUUUUGGCUUGUUGUCGGGUAACCACACGGCUGCGAACCCGACGGGCCCGUCGUUUGCGACGGCGCUGAUUAUGAAUCUCAUGGGUCGUUCUGGACCAGCUGCCUCUUCUUCUCAGACUGGCUCGUUAACGGGUGUUGGUGUUGGUUCUGGCGCUGAAUGCGUGUGUCCGGCAGUGAGCACUGGGAAUUUGACGUGGUAG